CCCGCCACGCCGCGCACGGCCACACCAGACGAACAGCCGCCAUAUUUUCACCAUUUUUUUUCGAGACAGAGGUUAUUCUUUAACUCAUAAUCGCAGCCAGAGCAUUUUCCGCAGCCCCACAAAGCCAACUUGCAGGUAAACCAGCCGCCAAGAAGCCGGGAAAAGGGGCUUUUCAGUCCACCGACUAAAAAGGGGGAAAGCGCGGCGCUGACGUCGGCAGAGGCAGCGCAGCGGCGCUCUCGCUCGCACCCACACGACUCAAACAUAGAAACGCCAAGGAACGAGUUGCCCGCACCGGCGUAAGGCGAACCCAUGGUCCUCGACAUGGAAUCGGACGAUUCUCGUGCCAGUUCCCCGUCCAAUUCCUCGGAGUCGCGUUCCAAUUCGCCCACCAACGACAAGGAGGACGAGGAGAUGGCUCCGGAACAGGAACAGGCCGAGGAAGCUGGUGGUGGUCCCACUCUAGACCGAUCGGUUCGAGCCGCCUCCACCAGCAGCUCAUCGUCCAACUCCAGCUCCAGUUCGAGUCGCAGCGAGCUGUCCAAAAAGCAGAAGAAGAGCUCCAGCAGCAGCAGCGGCAGUGGCAGUGGCAGCAGCUCCUCCAGUGGCUCCUCCAGCGAGGAUGAGCCCGAUCAGGAGCAGCAGCAGCAGCUCCGAUUGCCCGAACAGCAGCAGCAGCAGCAGGAGGAGGAGCCGCUUCCCGAACCUGCCGAAACGGAUCCCGAAUCCUCGGUAGCCGCAGCGCCCGCGGAGCCAGAGCAGCCAGGCUCGCCGAGCGCCAAAUCGCAGCCCAGCUCGUUCCUCUCCUCCGUUCGCAGCCGGAGCAACAGUCCCCAGCUGUACAAUCAGGCCGCCGUCGAUCUGAACAUCAGCCACGAGGAUCUGAGCGAUGUCAGCGACAUCGAGGCGGACGAGAAGCGGGCGCCGUCCAAGAAUUCGCUGCAUCCGGCGGACGAGGACGAGGACGGGGCCAUCUCCAAUGACUCGCUGCCCGCCGUUGGCGAGGAGGAGGAGGAUGAGUUGGCCAAGCAGAACGGCAAGGCAGCCAGCGGGGAAGAGGGCAAGGAGAAGAAGGGCUCCAAGGAGGCCAAGUCCGACGAAGCCUCCAAUGGGCGUGGCCCCUCGUCCGCCUUGGAGGAGGAUCUGGUGAAGACGCACGACGACGACGCCUUGGACUUCGAGGCGGAGGAGGGCGAGUGUCCGGAGCCGCUGAAGGAGCCUCCAUCGUCGGAGAGCAAAGCCAACGAAACAAGAUCGAAAGAUAACGACGACGACGAAGAUGAUGAUGAUGGAGAGGUGGACUGCGAUGAAGACGACGAGGCCAAGCGAAAGGGCAACGGCAGCCUGGAGGAGGGCGAGGAGGCCAAGGACAAGACGGCGUCGGCGGACAAGCGGAAAAAGGACGAGGAGGAGCUGGAGGAGGGCGAGGUGUCCGACGAGGACGAGAAGCGGCCCGAGGAGACGGAACCGAAGCCCGUGUGUCGCUUCUACACGCGCGGCCAGUGCACCUGGGGCAUGAGCUGUCGCUUCCUGCAUCCCGGCGUCACGGACAAGGGCAACUACACGAUGUUCGAGAGCCUGGUGCGUUCGGUGCCCAUGCAGGGCGGUUCCUCCGGCGCCGGUGCCUCCGGAGCGGGCUCCUCAAGUGCCGCCGCAUCGAGGGCCGCAGCGAGUGCCUAUAGUUCCCAUGCCGCGGCGGCGGCCGACUAUCAUGACUAUCGAAACGAGCGGCCACCGCUGCACCAUCGACCGGCGCUCCUCCAUGCGCCCAGUAUUUACGGCGGCGGCGUUGCCCACGCCGUCCACGAUGCCCGGCCGCUGCUGCCGUCCGACGGCGGACCCGUGGUGGUGGAGAACGCCUGGGAGCGCGGCCUGCGCACCGCCAAGGAGAUGAUGCGCAAGGCUAACAAGCGCAAGGAGCAGGACAUGGACUUUGAGGACAAGAAGAUGAACCUAACGCUGUCGCCGGAUGAACUGGAGAAGGACUCGUACUACCUCAAGGAUCGGGGCGGCAGCAGUGCCCGCUCGCCGCCGCCGCCGUCGUCGUCCUCGUCGUCGGUGAUGCGCGAACAGCAGCCACUCAAUCCGCUCAGCCUGCCGAUGUCCAUGCAUCCGCAUGCCGUCGUCGCACACGGCAAUCCUCGCACCCUCCUGCCGCCCGUGUACUCGCUGUACGGCGGACCACCGCCGCCUGAUCGGUACGGCCGAUCUCAGUAUAUGCCGCCGCCGCAGUACGAGGAUGUGGAUGCGUACGGAAGGAUGGCGAGAUAUCGCGAGCUGCCGCCCCAUCGGAUGCCGCACUACGAGGACGAUCGAAGGUCGCGGCCAACGCGCGAGGUGAUCGUCCAGAGGGUAGAGGCAGCCGGCGGGCGAGGGGAUGAGUGGAGCGAUCCCUGGAUGCGAUCCAAGUCGAUUGGAAGGGGAUCGUACGAUCGGGACGAUCGCCGGCGCAGGGACAGGCGCAGCUACAGCAGCAACUCGUCGUACUCCACCUCGAACAGCUCGCAGAGCGACUCCAGUUCGGAUUCGUCGCGAUCGAGCAGUCCGUCGGACCACAAGCGGCGCUACGGCGGCAGUUCGCACAAGCUGGCCGCCGCCGCCGCCUCGGCUUCCUCGCGCCGGCAUGGCGGUCGGACGGCCCGGUCGCCCAGCCAAAUACCGCGCCGCCCCAGGCACUCUUCCAAGGGCAGCCUUUCGCCUUCGUACAAGCGACCCGCUCUGGACAAGCGCGGCGUAGGCCUCAGUCCCGCCUCCAAGCGCAAGAAGCUCUCUUCGCCGGCACCCAAGAAGUUUGACAAGUUGCGGCGACGUCGCAGUUCCAGUACAUCCGACUCAGACUCAUCGGAUACCUCGUACUCCGAAUCGGAAUCGGGCUCCUCGUCGUCGGACAGCUCGUCGGGAUCAAGGGAUACGCCCCAGAAGCGAGUGAGAGCCACCGACAAGGCGCUCAACGAGCGCAAGCUUAUUAAAAAGCCUGCUGAACAAGCAACCAAGAAGCGUUCGCCUAUUUCCAUUGAGAUUAAGAAAACGUCGAACAUGGUGGGUGUUUCGGCGCUGGCCUCACCCAACAACUCAGCCGACUCCGACAAGGAGAAGGAGCACGGCAACGGCAAUGGCAAGGACAGCAAGGACAAGGAGCACAGCAGCAAGGAUGGCAAGGAUAAGGAGGGCAAGGAGAAGGAUGGCAAGGACAAGGACAAGGAUGGCGGGAAGGAUAAGGAUGGCAAGAAGUCGCGGCGAGAGGAGCUGCUGAAGCAGCUGCGCGCCGUCGAGGAUGCGAUCGCCAAGAAGCGCUCCAAGUUAAACUGAUCCUUCCUCCUCCUCUUUGUUACCCAGCACUACCCACAGACGAUCCCCAAACCCCAAACAGUCGACCCAACCACAGCCGGAAGAUCAUCGGUCGGCAUCAAUCAAUACUUAGAAGUUACGCAACAUUCGCAUCGUAUUCGAUAUUGCCUUGGCCUGUCUGCUGCAGCCACUCGAUUGCAAUACAAUUCAAUGCAUUUAGGUUUAACAAUCAUUAUGUCCUUUCGCAAAUCCCCCUUCCCCUUUCCACCGCCCUGACUACCGCCAAUAAUGGAGCAUUAAAUACUAUGUUUAUAAUAGUCUAUAAAUAAAAGCCAACACUAAUAUUGAGAACUAUUCUUUU